AUGGCAAACCAGGAUUUCAAACCCAUCAUCAAAGACCAGUACCUCGCCGGGCAAGUCUAUUUUGCCUGCGUCGUGGGUCUAAUUUGCCUCGAGGCAGUCUCUGUUCUGCCCGCAUACCUGUUGAAACUUUUCAAGAGUGGUCCCUUUGUGAGGAGGUCCCACAGACACAGCACCUUCUACGUCUUCCUCCACCGGCUCGCGACUCUCCCCUCCCCAGUCCCCUUCCUCACGUACCAUCGCAUCCCCGACGCCCUCCGCUGCCUCGCCUUCAUAGGCUUGAAUAUGCUCUUCGGCUGGAACCGCCUCAAGUACACCACAGAUUAUAAGCUAUAUGGCUGGCUCUGCAUCGCCAAUGGUGGAGUCUCCCUUCUCUUGGCCUCGCGCACAAACCUCUUCAGCACGAUUCUUCGCAUCCCCCCUCCCGUCUUGCUGUACUAUCACCGCCUCGUGGGCCUCGCCACUAUCUUCCACGGCACCUUCCAUUGGGCCACCACUGCCGCUCACUAUGUCCGCACAAAACAGCUCGCAACCGUUCUGGCCAGCGGGUUUACACAGGCGGGCCUUGUCGCAUGGGCUGCCUUGAUGAUUAUCGCAUUGACUGCUAUUCUUAGAGUAGUGCGCAGGAAUGCAUUCGAAGUCUUCUACUAUGCUCACUUCUUCUUUAUCGUUUACGUCAUUGGCGCCUGCGUCCACGCCAAACACAGCCCCGAGUUCUUGCUUCCCGGGCUCGGCCUUUGGCUGGCCGACAGGGGAUGGCGCUUCUACUACAACUUCCGCAGAGUCACUCCCAAGAGUGUGGUCCACUACCCUGGCGGCGUCACCAAGUUCAAGCUUGAGGGCCUGAGGGUUACUCGACCGAACCAGAUGGCCUGGAUCCAGCUCCCUUCUAUCUCGUUUUUCAACUGGCAUCCAUUCACCAUUGCUUCAGCUCCGGGUGAUCCAAUUACUACUAUUGCUGUUCGUGGCCUCGGGGGAUUCACCAAGAAAGUCCAGAACCUUGCCAUAGAGGGCUAUACACCGGAUGGCGAAAAGCUGGAUCCCCGAUCCCCCGUAGCAAUACCUCCCCAUGCCGUGAAGAUCAGGGUAGAUGGGCCCUAUGGUCACCCCUCUCUACAAUGGGAGCAAUACCCCGUUGUGGUGCUCAUUGCGGGUGGUAUCGGCAUCACGCCUGCGAUAUCUAUUGCGUCGCAUAUUAUCCACUGGGCAUCGCAAUCGGGCUGCUCUGGUUCUCUCGAGGAAGAGACAAGGUACAUUCACAUCUUGUGGACCAUAAAGGAUAUCACUCAUGCACAAUGGUUUGAAGAGGAGAUGAUCGAGAUGGCCAGGAGGAUCGAAGAAGAAAACAUUCCUGUUAGCCUGGACAUUUCCAUUUUUGCCAGCGGCCUCAAGAAAACGGAGAGUCUGGAGGAGGCCCUCAUUGCCAAUGAAGGAUACGUCUUCUCCGGCCCCGCCACCGUGCAUCAAGGCCGCCCAGACGUGGAAGCGUGGCUGAAGGACGUGAGGCGGAGGAGAUGCGGCUUGGAUGCUGCCGUCAACUUGUGUGGGCCGAGACCGCUCGUCGAUGCUGCACGCAAGGCGGCGAGCAUGGUUAGUAAAGAACGCGGGAUAUUUCACGUGGAAGAAGAGGUGUUUGAGUUCUGA